UUGUCUGCGACGUCAUUACAUAGCGUAGUUGCUGUGAGUGUUAAAGUUACAUUCGUUUUUAUACUGAACAGUUAGCUGACGUAGUGUUUUCUUGUCCGAGUUUGCUUGCAGUUACGUACGAAUCUUGCCGCGCGUAGACUCGCUCACAAUGAACCUACGGACAGUGAUUUUAAUAGUGUCGAUCGGGACGGUGUUCUCGAAAAAGUUCUGCAGUUACAACGAAGUGUUGAACGUACACAAACGUGGUACUUACGACUUCUCCGUACAACUAUUGGACCGCGUCUCACAAGACACUGACGCACAUUUCGCCUUCUCUCCUAUAUCAACAUGGAUCCAACUGAUAACACUAGCCAGAGGGGCACGACGAUCCACGCAAAAGGAGUUAUUAAAAGUAACGAAAUACCACAGAAACCGAUGUUACCAAAGGAGAUAUAGACAAAUCAUAAAUGGGAUGUACAAGGAUCUCAAAUAUGUGACGAAGAGAAGCAACGUUAUAGCGAUCAACCAUCUCCUGGAUAUCAAGAAGUCGUUUAUAAAUGAAACUCUGAAGAAUAAAGACACCAAAAUAUUGAUGUUGAACUUUAAUAAAGUGGAAGAAGCUACGGAUAAAGUUAAUAAAAUUGUACAAGCUAGUAUGAACGGAAUCAUAGACGAUGUGAUUGACGAAGAAGACUUGAAAUAUACAAUAUUUGUGAUGGCUGAUACAGCAUAUUUCAAGAGCGAUUGGCUUUGGCCUUUCAACCCAGCAUAUACAUCGAGACAAACAUUUCAUUCAGAAAAAGGGAAUGCUAUCGGAGAAGUGGAAAUGAUGAAAAGCGUCGCUUAUUAUAAACUAACCGAUGUACCGUUUAUACACGCAAAAGUUUUGGAAAUACCUUUCAAGCCAAAUAAACUAUCGAUGCUUGUGUUUCUACCUGAAAAGGGCUCGAUACGAGACAUUUAUUACAAGAUGAAAGAAAUACGUUUCGGGACAAUAUCCAGCUUGUUUGAAAGAGUGGGCCCGAGACUGAUUACUGUGAAGUUACCUCGUAUAAAAAUAAGCACUGUUGUGAAGAAUAUUCCAGAGUUAGUAUACGACAUGGGAGUUAAAAGGGUGUUUUAUCCAGAUAUCGCUGAUUUAAGAGGUAUAACAGAUUCGAAGAUACAUGUAUCGUCAAUGUCUCAAGCUGUAGAUGUUGAAAUUACGGAAAAGGGUGCAAGAGCUAUAAUAGCCGAGUAUUUGACAUCGAAAGGUGGUAGUGAUAUAGAAUUUGUUGCGAAUCGUCCAUUCGCAUUCCUGAUAGUUGACUGGAAAACCGAAAUAAUACUUUUUGCUGGUACUUAUAGUUACCCAUCUAUUUAUUAAUAAUUAUACUGAGUAAGUUUUA